AAGUAAGUCCAGACAAAAAAAAAUCUUAAAAAUGGAAGGGAAACAGAAGAGAAAACGGACGAAGAAGGAGAAGAAAAAGAAGGCAGACAACCAAUCUGGAGACGACUAUGUACCAGGCAGCAUUGCUAACUUUCUAGGAUCAGACCAUGAUAAGAUGGACCAUCAGUCAGGAUCCAAAGCACUGUCUUCUUUCUUUCAGCCCUCUAUGAUGACAAAGCAAAGCACUUUUCCAAGCAAAGCAGGCAAAGAUGCACCCAAAGGAAAAGUGGCCAAAGAUAAAACCAAUAUAGAAUCCAAAACAGAAGAAGAGACUUUUGAUGAAGGAGAAACUACGAUACUCAUGGACGAAAGUAGACUUGAUGGUGAACUCUCUGAGGAAGCAGCAGUGAAGGAUCUGAAACGAAAGGCACAAGAUGAUGAUGAUGAGGAUGUUGGUCCUAAGAAGAAAAGGAAGCAUCUGCAAGAACCAAUGGAUCCUGCUGUGCUUGAUAGGACGGUAUUCGUGGGCAAUCUGCCUGUCAACAUCAAAAAGAAUGAGCUUAAAGGACUCUUCAAAAGCUACGGCACAAUAGAAAGUGUGCGUUUCAGAUCCAUGGGUGUAGCUGAUCCCAGCAUGUCAAAAAAAGUAGCAGCAAUAAAACAGGAAUUGAAUCCCAAGAGAACUUCUUUCAAUGCUUAUAUUGUCUUUGAGGAAGAGAAGUGUGCUAAAGCAGCUUUAGCAAGCAAUGGCAGGCUAGUGAACAAACAUCAUAUGAGAGUGGAUAUAGCAAGCAACAACAAGAAGCAUGAUAUGAAGCAUUCUCUGUUUAUUGGUAACCUCCCCUUCAACAUUGAUGAUGAAGCCGUCAGAAAUCACUUUCAAGAGUUUGGAACUGUUCAAGGAGUGAGACUCAUCAGAGACAAAGCCACUGGAAUGGGAAAGGGCUUCGGAUACGUGCUCUUUGAGGAUUCUUCAUCAGUCGAGUUUGCAUUGAAGAUGGAUGGCAGUAAACUGAAAGGAAGACCACUGAGAGUGAAAAGAGCUGUGAAGAAAGAAAAACAAAAAGAACAAAUAUCCUUUACAAUACAAGAUCAUUCUAAUACCAGGGGUAAGAGUGUUCAUAGGAGGAGUAACUCCAAAUCAAGAGGCGGGUCAGGAUUCCAAGGAAAAGGAGGACCCCGGAAACCACAGUCCAAGGGUAAAGUGAAAAGGAAGCAGAAGGCUGGAGGAAGCCAGAAAGGCAAGCAGAAGAGGUGA